AAAGUCCCUCUGUCACGUACCUGAUGGGAGACUGAAUUGACGAGGUCGGCCUCACUUGUGUCACUAAUCCUGAGCCCGCUGAGGUUGGAACAGAGGGCGUCCAAGGACCAGGGGGACAAGAGCGCCAGGGUUUUGCUUGCGGCUCUUGCAGAUGAUGACCUUGGUAAGCAGGAUAUCUACUGAUUCGGAUACUGUAGAAAUAGACCAGGCAGGUACAGUGGGUUGUCAGAUGCACAGGAGCACCAGAGCAAGGCAGGUAGUGAGGACAAGAGACAUGAGCAGUGUC